GAGACUUAGGAACGACGACGGAGUUGACACCACCACCAGUUUCGAGUUUUUCCGACACGAGGUUUUCGAGAAAGCUCUUGACACUUGCGCUGAGAGUCUCCAGACGAGAUUCUUCGCCAUUAAAGAGAUAGAGAGUCGGUUUAGUGUACUGCGGAGAUUCUGGGAUCUUGAAGAACAGGAAUUACGUGAUUGCGCGUACCGCCUCUCGGAAACAUAUGCAACGGAUGGGAUCAAUACUGCCGAGCUUGGUACUGAGCUUCUGGUCGCUCAUGAAUGUAUCUCCUUUGAGUCAAAGGAGAACUACUGA